CCGACCGCACAGGCGCGGACCACACGGCGCAGGCUCGGCGGCCGGAGCAGGCGCGUCAGCCCAUCUCGGGGACGCGGGGACGGGGACGCGGGGACGGGACGCAGCCGCUCCCCCCGCACCGGCGCGUCCGGCCCGAGCGCGCGUCCUCCGGGGCUGCGGGCGGGGCGCCAGGAUCGAUCUCCUGAAAUUUAACUUUUCAAGAUGAAGUUUGUAUUGGCGGUGGCCUUUUUUAUUUUAAUUUCCUUGUGUGUUGAAGAAGCCUGUUCUAAAGAGAAGUCUUCAAAGAAAGGGAAGGGGAAAAAGAAGCAGUACCUAUGCCCAUCGCAGCAGUCAGCCGAGGACCUUGCCCGAGUACCGGCCAACUCCACUAGCAAUAUCUUGAAUAGGCUAUUGGUCAGUUAUGAUCCCAGGAUAAGACCAAAUUUCAAAGGCAUUCCUGUUGAUGUAGUUGUCAACAUUUUUAUCAACAGUUUUGGAUCUAUUCAAGAGACAACAAUGGAUUAUAGAGUCAACAUCUUCCUGAGACAGAAGUGGAACGACCCCAGACUGAAGCUGCCUAGCGAUUUCCGGGGCUCAGAUGCCCUGACGGUGGACCCCACGAUGUACAAGUGUCUGUGGAAACCUGAUUUAUUUUUUGCAAAUGAAAAAAGUGCCAAUUUUCAUGAUGUAACCCAGGAAAAUAUUCUCCUCUUUAUUUUUCGGGAUGGAGAUGUCCUCGUCAGCAUGAGGCUAUCUAUUACUCUUUCGUGCCCUUUGGACUUGACCUUGUUUCCCAUGGAUACACAACGUUGCAAGAUGCAACUUGAGAGCUUUGGUUACACAACUGAUGACUUACGAUUUAUCUGGCAGUCAGGGGAUCCUGUUCAAUUAGAAAAAAUUGCCUUGCCUCAAUUUGAUAUUAAAAAGGAAGAUAUUGAAUAUGGUAACUGUACAAAAUACUACAAAGGCACUGGAAUCUUCUCAGUGCUCAGCUUGGCCUCUGAGUGCACAACCCUGGCUGCGGAACUUCCCAAGGUGUCUUACGUGAAGGCUUUGGACGUGUGGCUCAUCGCGUGUCUGCUCUUCGGCUUUGCGUCCCUGGUGGAGUACGCGGUCGUCCAGGUGAUGCUCAAUAACCCCAAGAGAGUCGAAGCGGAAAAAGCCAGAAUUGCCAAGGCUGAGCAAGCAGAUGGGAAGGCGGGGAGUGCAGCUAAGAAGAACACUGUGAAUGGCACGGGCACACCUGUUCACAUCAGCACCUUACAGGUUGGAGAGACCAGAUGCAAAAAGGUUUGUACGUCCAAGUCUGAUCUGAGAUCUAACGACUUCAGCAUCGUGGGAAGCUUACCGAGAGAUUUUGAAUUGUCCAAUUAUGACUGCUAUGGAAAACCCAUUGAGGUCAACAACGGACUUGGGAAAUCCCAGGCCAAGAAUAACAAGAAGCCGCCUCCUGCCAAACCCGUUAUUCCGACGGCAGCGAAGAGGAUCGAUCUUUAUGCAAGAGCGUUGUUUCCUUUCUGCUUCUUAUUCUUCAACAUUAUCUACUGGUCUAUAUAUUUAUGAUAAACCUUUUCCAUUCGUAUAAAGUCAAGUCCCAUUGCAUUGUGAACAACCUCGUUCAUUAAUGCCAAUCUGUGAACAUUCCUUGCAUUUUCAUAGCAAUAUAUUGCAUUUUGGAUGCCAUUGGAGUGUAAUACAAAUAUGGCGCCUUCAUCAUGUGGAAUGGCAGCAUGAUCUUGUUACGUCUGUGCUCUAAUCAUGAUGUAUUUAUGUAAAGCAAACAUAAUUGCUUUAGGAAUAAAUGGAGGAUAAGCGUACUACGUAAAAUAGAAUCCGAACAUUUCUCUCCAGUUAGUGUAAAUUGCAAAUAUUCCGAUAAUUCUGAUAAUAAAAUGGGGUGCACUCUGAACCCUGUUUUGUCAUCAUCGCAAUGUACGUAGUGUUUCAGAUCCCUUUCCUUGUAACUUUCGGAGAAAGCCAUCUUAUUCUUGUACAAUUUUAGAUGGUAUUAUCAUAGAUAAAGCAAAAAUAUAUUACAUAUGGUAUAACUUUAUAAGUAGAAGUAUAUCAACUCUAACUACAUGAGCUCUGUGGAGAAAUAAAGUUCAAACAAAUUCCUAAUUUGCAAAAGCAGCUCAUUUUAAAGUGUGCCUGUGUUGUCAAAUGCCAGAUAAUAAAGCCCAGUGAGCAUUUUUGAAACAAAGGGAAAUCUAGAUUUACCUAAAUUCGUGCUGAAUUCUGGUUUCUCAUAAAAUAAAAAUAAAAGGAGAUAUAUUGAUUAAAUAUUUCUGAUAAAAGAAAUUCUAUUUAGUCCACUUUAAAACCUAGAUAUAUUUUCAUGGAUUUUAUUUUGUUGAUACAGAGUAUACAAAAUCAUUGUGCCUUAAAAAGAGUCAUAAAUAUUUUGAAUUGGAAUAUAGCAAUGAAUAUGCGAUUUCAUACCAUUUGUAAGAAACCAAGAGGAAAAUACCUUAUUACUAGAAGUAACUUGAGUUGGGAAGAAAAAUCCAUAAUCAUUAGAGGAUUUUAACUUCUUUAUUUUAUUAAAAUGCUCACAUCUUUUAAAGUAAAAUUAAAUGUUUUUCCUGGAUUUCUUUUGUUCUUAUUUGAAUAGUGUUUGAUUUUGUUACAAGACAUUUAAAGGUUAAGUAAACGAUUACUUAGUUAGAUCUCACCUCCAUUUGUAUCUUCUUUCUUGCUAAAAGUCCAGGCUACUUGGAUUAAUUGCUUUGGUCUUAUUCCAACUUGCAAAAUAGGUACUUUCUGGUCUAUAAGACUUGUAUUCCCUAGUAAUAUCAGAGCCAAUGUACCUUCUUAUUUCUCCAUAGCUGAUACUAGGACUAUCAGUAAUCCAUGUAACAUAAACAUAAGACCAAAUAAGUGUAUUUACAUUAUUUGGAGAGUUUGCAGCAGCUGAGGGUUUGGAUUGUCAAUUCAAUAAUAAAAUGUGUUUACAUAUUGUUUAUGCAAAUUGCAUCUAUAAUUCGAUGUUAUUUUAUUGAAGACUUUAAUUUGUAAGAGUCACUGAUAACUGAAUCUUUAAAAGACGAGAUAUAUCUAGUCCUCUGCGGUCCUUCAGCACCCUCUAGUUGCAAAAGCACAGUCACCUGAGUCACUUUAAAAAUGCCACAAGUCGCCCUGUUGAUGGACUUCAACAUCCUGCUAGGACCCGGACAAUAACAUCUUAAACUCUGAGAGGAAAAAGCGUCUUGGAUAAUACUUAGACCGUUUAAAUUUGUAGUUAUAAUAAUUAUAUUUGCUUAUGAUCUCUGUUCUUCAUUCUUGCCAAUUUCAUUCAUUUUAGGGAGUUUGAUUUAGAUAUAGAGUUUUAAGUGGGAAAUGUAUGAAAUGGAAGACAGUUCUCAUUCCAUAAGAAUUUAUUUCUUGAAAAUAAUGUGAAUGAAUUCCUUUCUGUAAUACAAUAUUGUAACCUCUUAAGAUCCAUUUUAAUACCCAAAUAUAUAUAACUAGCUAUCCCAGGAUUAAGUGUGUAUGUAUAACUACAAAUGGAACAUUACGCAAUGAUCAUAAGGUAGUACAAUUGGUGUCCACUAACAGUCGCUUUCUAUUGUUAUCUUGAGAAUUUAGUCACUUAACCCCAGGGUAGUUCUGAUCUGUGUACUUUACAUAUUAUGUCUUUCUAGGAAACUUGCAGUAUAUUUACCUGGAUGUCAGUAUCGCAAAUUCCAUGUUUCCAAAAUAAAAAAGAUC